AUGAACGGUUCCCGCUUGCAACCUGAGGACAAAGAAAAAUGGUUGAAGUUCUGGUCAAGCACGAACAUGCAGGAACUUAUCGGAUUUGGACAGGCAUACAAUGAAGACUCGGACCUACACAAUGCUUUCAAGAAGAAAAUAGGCACUACGCGAGCACCUACGAGCGAUGAGUAUGCUCACAAUAAGAUCGUGCGACGGUUUGUGAAAGCCUUGUGUGACACGAAAGUCGACAAGUGUGUAUACCAGCAGGCUGUAUAA